AUGAUGGAAAACUCGCUGGAAACUCAUCAUAAAACACACGGAACCCAUGCCGACUCGCCCAAUCCAGAGCCGACUGCACACCCAUAUAUUAAACCGCAGUAUCGGCUUCCGCAUGACCCAACCAUCACUUUUGAGGAGUACCACCACUAUGCGCUGAAGACUAGGGACAAGGAGCUCGUCCUCGAGGCACCCAAGAUCAAUUGGCGCGAAUGGCUCUCACGAAGGAGGCAUGCUGCCGAUACUGAUACACGCAUCCACGAUGUAGUUGCCUCAAACAAUACAGGGCGAACAACCAACCCGGUCGAAAAAGGUCUAACGGUUGCAGAGCAGUCUUAUAGAGUUGAUAUAACCGACGAGGAGUGGGAAAAUGCUAGUCGAGCUUUGAGAACUGCUUCAGCGGGAGCAUGCUUCUAUCUGAUCACCACCGAUAUUCUCGGACCGUAUGGCUCUGGAUUCGCAAUGGGCACAUUGGGCUGGGGACCCGGUAUUGCAUUCUAUACGAUUUUUGGUUUCAUGGCCGGUUAUUCCGGAUACCUUAUCUACCGCGUCUUUCUCGGAGUCGACAGCUACGAGUUCCCGGCACGCAACUACGGAGAUCUUGCCCUGAGAACAUGGGGCAGGACACUUCGCUACAUCACCAAUUUCUGCCAGGCUCUCGGUCUGCUUUUGAUCACCGGUCAAGUCACCAUUCAAUUCGGCGAAAACAUCUCCCAGGUCUCCAAAUUCAAACUAUGCUAUGCCGUCUGUCCAGUUUUGUUUGUAGUGGCGGGCUUCUUCAUCACGCAGAUCCGAACUCUUAGAGCAUAUGGCUGGGUAGCCAACUGUGCGGUAUGGAUGAACUUAUUGGUAAUCUUCAUCUCCAUGGGUGUCAUUGCCAAUUCUCCUCCAAACUACAAAAUAUCUGUGCUAGGAUCGGCGGGCAGCGCAGUCGAUGAGACUACCAUUAAGCCGGAUGAAUACGGUGUAUAUCCCGCAAUCAUUCACUACAAUGGCUUGCCACCAAACUCGCUGGUAGGCUCAAUCAACGGUCUCUUGUCCGGGGUCCUGGCAUAUGCAGGUGUCCAGAUUUUUGUCGAGUUUUUGGGAGAAAUGAGACGUCCGCGAGACUUUAUUAAAGCCAUGUGGGGGGCCCAAUUCUUCAUGUAUACUGUAUACCUGGUCUAUGGCUGCUUCGUCUAUUACUACCAAGGUCAAUACAGUUUCAACCCCAGUUACCAAGGCGUCAGUAUUUAUAGCUGGCAAACAGCAGGCAACAUGAUCUCUCUGAUUUCCGCCCUUAUUGCUGGCGGUUUGUACGGUAAUAUUGGUGUCAAGGUAUUCUACAACAAUAUUUUAUUGGAUUUCUUGGAUGCGCCUCCAAUCAACACGAAGCGCGGCAAGUUCAUUUAUGCGAUGUUGGUGCCUCUGUGGUGGAUCAUUGCUUUCAUCAUUGCAGCUGCCAUUCCAGACUAUUUUGGCUUCGUCAGCGUCAUCUCCGCUUCAAUCCUGCUAAAUAUGACCUACACCCUUCCUCCAUUGUUUGCUCUUGGUCAUGACAUUCAAAAGAAUGCCAUCCGCGCUGAGCGCGGUGAAGGAUUCAACGCUACCACUGGACAAGUGACUCGUGGAGAAUCGACUGUGCAACGAUGGAUCCGCGGCUUCUUCAGCGGUGGUCCUUUCCAGGUCAGCAUCAAUAUUUGGCAUGUUUUGUACGUUCUCGCGUCGUUGGCGAUGUGCGGGUUGGGAAUGUAUGCCGCUGUUGAGGGUAUGGUUGUGGCUUUCAGGAACCCGGAAUUGAACUCUUUUUCGUGCAGGUCACCACUCAACCUGGAUGCUUAG